AUGGCAAAAAGGGCAAAAAGGGUAAAAAGGGUACGUUCUUCUACCAAUUUCUCACCAAACUGGGAAUCUCUUUCUCAUGAUCUAGUGCACUCAAUCUUAGAAAAGUUAGUCUAUUUUCCCGAUUAUAUCCGUUUUAGUGCAGUUUGCAAAUCAUGGAAUUCCAUAGCUUCCUAUCACAAAAGGAAACACACAAAACUAAAUGACCAUCAACUUCCUUGGCUAUUGACGAGCUCUAAGGUCAAUGAGCAAUUGAUAAAGUUCAGGCUUUAUAAUCACACUUCCACAGCUGCUAACAAAAUCAGCAACUUCCAGUUACAAAUCCCUCAAACCGAGGUUUUCCAAGAACUUUGUUUAGGAUCUUCUCAUGGUUGGUUGUUUUUCUUGGAGAAUUUGGAUUCAUUAUUAGCUAUAAAUCCGCUUUUCGGCACCAUUAUUCGUUUCCCUCCUUUCGAGAGUAGCUUUGUCAAAGCCCAAAAAUUUGUAUUGUCAGGGGAUCCUUAUCUGGGAUCUAAUUUUGAAGUAAUUGUGGUGGCUAGUGCUGGUGCUCGUAAUGGCACUGUUGUAGCACAUUUGAAGUAUGGUAAUGAAUUUUGGACCUAUUCGGAAAGAUUUAGCUCUUUUUAUAACUUUAACUUUACAUUCUAUAAAAAUCGAAUACUUGGUGCUACAUGUUUUGGUCAAAUUUUAUCUGUGAAUGUCUCUUCUGAUGAUACUUCUCGACGAUUUGAGAUCAAGGCAAUUAAUGGAGAUGUAGAUUUCGAGUGUGCUUCAGUUUCUUAUCUUGUGGAAACCACCAAGAAUGAUCUUUUAAUGGUACUUAGAUGCAAUAUUUGUAAAUGUCUCCCCCAGGUUUGUGUGAAAUAUAAGGUAUACAAACUUGUGGAGUUAAAUGGGGAACUUGAAUGUGUUUUGGUUUCGAAUUUGGAUGGACAUUGUUUAUUUUUGGGUAAAUGCCAGCCUAUAUCAGUUUUAGCAUCAAAUUAUCCUGGUUGCAAUGAGGAUUCGAUAUAUUAUUCAUAUGCUGAUUUUAAUGAUAAUGGAGUCGAAGAAUUCAGCUUGGAAGAUCAAAGUGUACGAGAGAAGAGAAAUGUUGAUACACUUUAUAGACCUUUAUGGAUUUUGCCGUCAUUUAUGAAUGAUCAAGUGAGUUGGGGAAAAAAAAUCAUGAUGUAG